AUGCUUCCCUUGUUGCGGGUCCACCUGAAAAUACCCCUGAGCUUGAUUCUGGUGGAACGCCAGUUCUUGCUGGUGGCCCCCAAAGGGCGGCGGCUGCAUUCUCUCCUGGCCAUGCACCUGAAACGCGCUGUAUCUGGCGGCCCAGCUGCACUCCAAGGGACUGCCGCCCCUCCUGGGCUGGCAAGUGAUGUCGCUCCUUCUGGGCUAGCAAAUGCCGCCGACCCUCGUGGGCUGGGAAAAGCUGGCGCUGGCGCUCCUCCUGGGCUGGGAAAUGCAGGCGCCGCUCCUGCGCUCGCAAAUGCUGCCAUCCCUCCUCCUUCCACCACUCCGCUUGCCGCUCCUCCUGCCACUCCACUAGCCACUCCUCCCGUCGUGCCUGCUCCUCCGACCCCCUCCGCCACAUUCCCCUGCCCGAACAGGUUUCCGUUUCGGACUGGCCGAUUCACCCCGGGACAAAACCCGGAAUCCCCAGGCAGUGGGGUUCGGAUGGGGGCAGAGGGGGCUGGAGAGGGGGAGAUAGGAGAGGCGGCCAUGGGGGAGGGUGGCAUGUUGGAGGAGACACAUCCAAAGACAGAUCAAGAGGAAAGUCUCGAGAGGCCAGACGUUCCCCCUCCCGCCUCCCCCCCACCCCGUUCUUUCUCUUUCAUUCCCCUCCCGAUCACCUUCCCCCUUUCCUCCCCUCCUCUCCCCAUUCCACCCUCCUCGAUCCGCCUUCCCACACCCCCCGCUUCCCUCUUUGAUCGACACACUGCCGCCUGCCUGUCUUUUGACGUCCUCACAUGCCAUGUCUACUACUCCACCCACCUAAUUUUCGAGUUCCCGCUGCGCGCAAGCCGCUUCUCCCCGUAUUUCAGCCAGCAGUACCCGUCGUCGGGCAGGGCCCCCUGGGGAAUGCGCCUCCGGAGCGCAGCCGCCGCCGCAGCGGCGGACAGAGGCGGGGCGGCGAGCGCCGGCACUUCCGCCGGCGCCCCCGGCGGCGUUGUGAAUCCGUUCGUCACGGCCGGCACGGGGACGCCGCUGAAUCGUCCAUCUGCUCCGGCGGCGCCGCAACUCGGUGGCGGCGGCGUCACUGACUGCCGCCGCCGUCAUCUUCCCACCACCCGACCUCCGCUUCCCCGCCACCCCAUCUCCCCUGCUCGCCGACCGAUCUCCCGUGCAACCCGCCCGAGUUCCCGUUCCCGCGGCCCGAUCUCCCAUUUCUGCCGCCCAAUAUCCCCUUCUCGCCUCCUCUCGCCUCCCCGCGCGUGCUCCUCUCGCCUCUCAGCGCGUGCUCCUCUCCCCUCCCAGCGCGUGCUCCUCUCCCCUCCGCGUGCGUGCUCCUCUCCCCUCCGCGUGCGUGCUCCUCUCCCCUCCGCGUGCGUGCUCCUCUCGCCUCCCCGCGAGUGCUCCUCUCCCCUCCCCGUGCGUGCUCCUCUCGUCUCUCCGCGCGUGCUCCUCUCCCCUCCCCGCGCGUGCUCCUCUCCCCUCCGCGUGCGUGCUCCUCUCCCCUCCGCGUGCGUGCUCCUCUCCCCUCCGCGUGCGUGCUCCUCUCGCCUCCCCGCGCGUGCUCCUCUCCCCUCCCCGUGCGUGCUCCUCUCGCCUCCUCGCGCGGCAUCCCCCCUGCACGCCCUCAUUUCCCCCCCUGCACGCCCUCAUUUCCCCCCCUGCACGCCCUCAUUUCCCCCCCUGCAGGCUCUCAUUACCCCCCUUUUAUGCACCCGUUUCCCCUCUGCUCACUCUCUUUCACCCCUCACUCACGCGUUUUCCCCUCUGCUCACUCUCUUUCCCCCACACUCACCCUUUCUCCCCUCUGCCCACUCUGUUUCCCCCGUCACUCACCUUCUUACCGAAUUCUCACUUUUCAUUCACCCCUUUUUCCAAUCCCGCUUCCCCUUUUCCAUCUCUCCUUCAUGCCUCCCACCACCUCUCCCUGCCUUCCUUGCUUCUCUCCUUAUCUCCUUCAUGCCUCCCACCAUCUCGUUUUCCUUCUCAUCUCUUGUGGGCCACAUCACAAGGCCCGUCUGCCCUCUCACACUCUUCCUGCCAUUCUCACUCUCGCAAUCCUCACCGCCGUCCCUUCCUUCCUGUAACCAAUCUCCCCUCCCCCCUUUUCCCUUCCUUCCCUCCACUUCCUCCCCUUCCCUUCCUUCUCUCCCCAUCAUUCCCUCCCCUUCCUCCCCUCCCCUUCAUCCCCAUCCCUGCCCUUUCCUCCCUGCCCUUCCCUUCUCGACCCCGCCCUUCUACGUCACUCCUCGCCUUCUGCCCUCCAGUUCAUGUGCAUGUGCUGCCAUCACUUUUGCCCCAUACAUGCAUCUUAUUAACUCAUGUUUACUCGCUUGUAUUCCCUUUUCACCCUCCGUCCCUUCAAAUCUCCCCUCACUACCCAUCUCCCUGCCUUUCCAUCACACCUCCCUGCCUUCUCAUGGAUUUGAGGCACCAUUGCGACACCAGGUGUCAUACAACCUGUAA